UGUCAGUUUUGGAUCACAAGUGAUGGAACGAUGACUUUACAUUAACCACGAUGAAACCUUCACAGUUUUAUUUCCCAGCCCGAGAAUCCCAAAAACAACAAUGACAAACUUUAAGAGGCUGGUGUUGAGCCGGCGCUUCAUCCACUGCAAACUCGCUGCAGCGACUCUUAUUUUUUUGGGAUUUGUGUUUUUCAUCCAAAAAGAAGUAGUUGACCGAGAGAUGGACAAGCUGACGAGACAAGGAGGGGCUCACGUCAAAAAGAAGAAAAUGUUGGACAUGGCGAUUGAUGCCAUAAAUAAUUUUAAAGACUCUGUGUCAAAAAUGCAGAUUAAUGCCCCUGAAAAACAGAAGGACACUGACAGAAAAAGGCCUUGUCUACCCGGGUACUACACUGCAGCAGAGCUGAGGCCUUACCUGGAGCGGCCACCCCUGGACCCUCAUGCCCCCGGAGCAUCUGGAAAACCAUUCACACCGGAUAAACUCAGCCCCGAAGAAAGGAAAGAAAUGAAAGAAGGAGAAAAGAAACAUUGUUUUAAUGUAUUUGCUAGUGAUAGGAUUUCACUUCACCGAGACCUAGGACCUGACACCAGGCCCCCUGAGUGCAUUGAGCAAAAGUUCAAGAGGUGCCCUCCACUGCCCAUGACAAGCAUCAUAAUCGUGUUCCACAAUGAAGCCUGGUCCACAUUGCUUCGCACAGUAUACAGCGUCAUGUAUACAUCCCCUGCCAUUCUUCUGAAGGAGAUUAUAAUGGUGGACGACGCAAGUACAGAUGAAUACUUAAAGGAUAAGCUGGAUGAGUACGUAAAGCCGUUUCAGAUAGUGAAGGUGGUCCGACAGAGGGAAAGAAAAGGACUGGUCUCCGCUCGUUUGCUCGGUGCUUCAGUAGCAACGGGUGACACUUUGACAUUUUUGGAUGCACAUUGUGAGUGUUUCUAUGGUUGGCUGGAGACCUUGUUGGCAAGAAUUGCAGAGAAUUAUACCACUGUCGUCAGUCCAGAUAUUGCCACCAUUGACCUCAGGACUUUUGAGUUUAACAGCCCGUUAGCAUACAGAAACAAUAGCAAGCGGGGGAAAUUUGAUUGGGGCUUGGUAUUUCGAUGGGAAACCGUCCCAAGUUUGGAGAACAAGAAAAGGAAAGAUGAGACUUACCCAAUAAAGACACCAACUUUUGCUGGAGGUCUAUUCUCGAUUUCCAAGGAAUACUUUGAGCACAUAGGAAGUUAUGAUGAAGAUAUGGAGAUAUGGGGCGGUGAAAAUUUAGAAAUGUCUUUUAGAGUGUGGCAGUGCGGAGGGCAGCUGGAAAUCCUGCCCUGUUCAGUUGUCGGUCAUGUAUUCCGCAGCAAGUUUCCUCAUACCUUUCCUAAAGGCACUCAGGUGAUCACCCGAAACCAGGUGCGCCUGGCCGAAGUGUGGAUGGAUGGUUACAAAGAAAUAUUUUACCGAAGAAAUCGGGAAGCUGCAAACAUUGUCCAACAGAAAUCCUAUGGAGAUUUAUCAAAAAGAUACAGUUUACGACAAAACCUUCAAUGCAAGAAUUUUUCAUGGUAUCUGAAUAACGUCUAUCCGGAAAUGUAUGUGCCAGACCUGGUCCCACUCAUCUACGGAGAUAUACAAAGUUUCGGCAAGCAGUGGUGUUUGGAUGCUGGAGCAGAUAACUUUCAUGGAGACAAACCUCCUAUCCUGUACACCUGCCAUGGGCUGGGGGUUAACCAGUACUUCGAAUAUACAGUAAGUCAUGAAAUUCGACAUAACAUCCAAAAUGAGCUGUGUCUCAGAGCUGGUAAAGGGCAGGUUCUCCUUAAGAGUUGUAAUUACAAAGGCAGAGGGACGACUGUUCUACCUGAGGAAAAAUGGGAACUUCAGAAGGAUCAGCUCCUCUUCAAUGCUGCAUACAAUAUGUGCCUGACUGCAAAUGGCCCCAACCCAAGUCUUGUGCCUUGUAACCCCUCGGACCCUUUUCAGCAAUGGAUUUUCCGACAAAGAACUUAA